CAGUUAAACUGAACGGUGGUUAGUUGUUACGGUUGGAGCGAAAUGAAGGCGCUGGGGAUUGUUAUCGGCGGCGGAGCACCACCGCCGCCGAUGCUCUGUUCAAGUGUACGGAACCAGCGGUUUCGCGUUUCUUUCUCCUCUUCUUCUUCUUCAGGAUCCAAAACGGUGGAAAUUGCAGCUCCAAAAAUUGAAUACAAGCCUAAUGUUGUGGAUGAUUUGUUCCUCAAUUUGUUCCGCAACAAAUUAGUACAGGAGGUGGGAUGGGACUCAAAGAAACCUGGAUAUGAUGGACUAAUUGAAGUUGCGAAUCGAUUAAUGAUGAAGGGUACUACAAAUUCCGAUACCAUAGAAGCAACGGUACGAAUAUUGCGGUCUUUGUUUCCUCCUUUCCUUUUGGAGCUCUAUAAAAUGCUCAUAGCUCCUCUAGGAGGAGGCAAAAUUGCUGCUAUAAUGGUUGCAAGGGUUACUGCACUGACUUGUCAGUGGCUUAUGGGCCCAUGCAAAGUCAAUUCUGUAGACCUACCAGAUGGAACCUCAUGCAGUAGUGGGGUGUAUGUGGAAAGAUGCAAGUAUCUGGAGGAAAGCAAAUGUGUUGGUAUUUGCACUAACACCUGUAAGUUUCCAACACAGGCCUUCUUCAAGGAUCAUAUGGGAGUGCCAUUGCUUAUGGAGCCUAACUUUGGUGAUUACAGCUGUCAGUUCAAAUUUGGAGUUCUUCCCCCACUUCCUGAAGACGACACUGUCCUGAAGGAGCCUUGCCUGGAAGCAUGUCCAAAUGCUUCCCGACGAAGAAUAGUCACCAGAAAAACAGAUAUUACCGAGUGCCCAAAGACAUGAAAACAUUUUUCUUGGGAACCUUCCAAAUCCUCUUGCACAUUCUGGCCCCAACUUGUCUUUGAAGAUGGAACUGAAGCUUUGGGUUUUCCAUACAGAUAAUUCAUCCUUCACUGAGCUCAUAUAUGAAAAUUUUAAUACAACUCAUCCUUUGUAUAUAGGAUGUUAAUACUUUGAACUUGUUUGUAUAUUAUGUAUGUAUUUUACUAUUUUCGAAUGAAUACAUUUAUAUUUUAAUCA